AUGCAAUCUCCAAUUAUCAACACUCCAAAGCGUGAGUCUCCAAUUAUCAACACUCCAAAGCGUGGCUCUCCAAAUGGAAAGACUCGUCUUCUGGCUUUCCUUCGUGAUCUCCUCGACGACGUCAAUCAGGAUGUUGCUGUCUGGACCGACAAACCAAACUCGAUCUUCAAAUUGGUCAAGCCUCAUCGUGUUGCCAUUAUGUGGGGAGCCGAAACUGGCAACCCUAGUAUGACCUAUGACAAGAUGUCCAGAGGUCUUCGUUAUUUCUAUCAGAAUGGAACAUUGAGAAAGAUCCCUGGAAAAGACUCUCGUUAUCAAUUCGUCGACACAAAAGCCCCUGCGUUCAAUAUCUCCAAUCUUCUCGUCCCAAAGAAGGAAGACGGCAACAACAGCCUCUCAUCAUCACCAACGUCGUCUUCAUCUGGAUCUGAUUCAACAUCUCCACCACAACUUCGGCUUCCACUCAUCAACCCACUUGCACUUCAAGAAUCACUCAGACAAAACUUGGCGCAGUUCAACACAUUCAUGACACAGUUCCCGUUCCUUCACAACCUUCCAGUUCAGGACCAACUCACAAUCUUCUUCUCCUCCAAGAACACUUUCCCAAUGUUGUUCCCAGCACCAUGA